UUUUGUGUGCGUGUUUAUGUGUCCUCGUCCACCUGCGCGUCGCGGAAAAGCCACUUUAGACCUUGACGAGCGCUGAACCUGACUGGAUCACUUUCGCUCGUCCGUGUACGGCGCUUUUGCGUGUGCGCGUGUGGUUAAGUUCCCCAGGGGGGGCGCAAAGCAAGCAGUUCACAAUUGGCUCGGAAGUGGAUGCAGACGCCGUCCACCACUCCGUGGAGUGAGGCUUUGCUUUCUUCCCUCUCCCUGAUUUGAAUCUAAUCGAAGCAGCUUUAACACAAGAAGAAGAAGAAAAAGAAGAAGAAAAACAUCAGGAUGCUGCAACAGCGAGAAUGAGAGGAGACUUUUAUCGCAAUGCCACUUGGGUCUUGAUGCGCAAUUCCUAAGUGCUCUUUUUGAUGGUGGAUUUUUUUUCCCCUUUCCGCACUUAAAAAGAAAAUAAAAGAGAAAAGAAAAAAGUGGAUCGGGUGACUUUACAAGCAUGCGGCACACUUGGCGGUUUGGGACUACUUUGGAAUACUGGACCUGUGUGCAGGUUGCUUGUCUCAUGUGGAUUCAGUACUCGUGCGGGAUGCCUCACGUCAUCCGAAUCGGCGGGAUUUUCGAGCAAACAGACGGACCCGUCUCCCUGGUCAGCGCCGAGGAGCUGGCCUUCAAAUUUGCCGUCAACAAUAUCAACAGAAACCGGACCUUACUGCCCAACACCACGCUGACGUAUGACAUACAGAGGAUUAACAUCUAUGAUAGCUUCGAGGCAUCCAGGAAAGCGUGCGACCAGCUGUCCCUGGGCGUAGUGGCCAUCUUUGGGCCGUCGCACAGCUCGUCGUCCAACGCUGUGCAGUCCAUCUGCAAUGCGCUGGAGGUGCCCCACGUGCAGGUGCGCUGGAAGCACCACCCCAUGGACAACAGGGACACCUUCUAUGCCAACCUGUACCCCGAUUACUCAUCGCUCAGCUACGCUAUCCUCGACCUGGUCCAGUUCCUCAAGUGGAAAACGGCCACCGUGGUCUAUGACGAUAGCACGGGCCUGAUAAGACUGCAGGAGCUGAUCAUGGCGCCUUCCAGGUACAACAUACGGCUGAAGAUUCGGCAGCUGCCGGUGGACACGCACGACACGCGGCCCCUUCUCAAGGAGAUGAAGAGGAGCCGUGAGUUCCGCAUCAUCUUUGACUGCAGCCACCAAAUGGCCGCGCAGAUCCUCAAGCAGGCCCAGACCAUGGGGAUGAUGACAGAGUACUACCACUAUAUCUUCACCACUCUGGAUCUGAUGGCCAUCGAUUUGGAGCCGUAUCGCUUUUGUGGCGUCAACAUGACAGGCUUCCGCAUCCUCAACGUGGACAACCCCCUGGUGUCUUCCAUUGUGGACAAAUGGUCCACAGAAAGGCAGAUCCCGCCGAAACCUGACUCGGGCCUCCUGGAAGGCAUCAUGACGACAGAUGCGGCGCUGACCUACGACGCCGUCCACAUCGUGUCGGUCUCCUACCAGCACGCGCCGCAGAUGACCGUCAACUCGCUGCAGUGUCACCGCCACAAACCCUGGCGAUUUGGCGGCCGCUUCAUGAGUUUCAUCAAAGAGUCUCAUUGGGACGGACUGACUGGGAGACUCUCGUUCAACAAGACAACUGGAUUGCGUACAGAUUUCGACCUGGACAUCAUAAGUCUGAAGGAGGAUGGACUAGAAAAGGUCGGCAAGUGGAGUGCGUCGGGAGGGCUCAACAUCACAGAAGUGCCCAAGCGAAAAGGGAUGAACAUCACAGAUUCGCUGGCCAACCGCUCACUGGUCAUCACCACCAUCCUCGAGGAGCCAUACGUCAUGCUUAAGAAGUCUGACAAGGCACUCGUUGGGAACGACCGCUUUGAAGGCUUCUGCGUCGACUUGCUUAAGGAGCUCGCCUCUGUGCUGGGCUUCGCCUAUGAGAUCCGACUGGUGCCCGACGGAAAGUACGGCUCCCAGGACGACAAGGGGCAGUGGAAUGGAAUGAUACGGGAACUCAUUGAACAUAGGGCUGACUUGGCGGUGGCUCCCCUCACCAUCACCUACAUGCGUGAGAAGGUGGUGGACUUCACAAAACCCUUCAUGAGCAUGGGCAUCAGUAUCCUGUACCGCAAACCCAAUGCCACCAACAACGGCUUCUUCUCCUUCCUCAACCCCAUGACGCCCGACAUUUGGAUCUACAUCCUGCUGGCCUACCUGGGUGUCAGCUGCGUCCUUUUUGUCAUUGCCAGGUUCAGCCCGUACGAGUGGUACGACGCCCACCCUUGCAACCCAGGAUCUGACGUGGUGGAGAACAACUUCACGCUGCUGAACAGCUUCUGGUUCGGAGUGGGCUCCUUGAUGCAACAAGGCUCAGAACUGAUGCCCAAGGCCCUGUCAACCAGGAUCAUCGGUGGAAUCUGGUGGUUCUUUACGCUCAUCAUCAUAUCGUCCUACACGGCCAACCUGGCAGCGUUCCUCACCGUGGAGAGGAUGGACUCGCCUGUGGAUUCAGCCGACGACAUCGCCAAGCAGACCAAGAUUGAGUAUGGUGUGGUCCGUGACGGGGCCACCAUGACUUUCUUCAAGAAAUCAAAGGUUUCCACUUUUGAGAAGAUGUGGGCCUUCAUGAGCAGCAAGCCGAGCACAUCGCUGGUCAAGUCCAUCGAGGACGGCAUCCAGCGGGUGUUGAAGUCCGACUACGCUCUCAUUAUGGAGUCCACCACCAUCGAUUACAUCACCAGACACAACUGCAACCUUACACAGCUGGGGGGCCUCAUCGACAGCAAAGGCUAUGGAAUCGGCACUCCCCUCGGCUCGCCAUACAGGGACAAAAUCUCCAUAGCCAUCCUGAACAUCAUGGAGGACGGUCGCCUACACAUGCUGAGGGAGAAGUGGUGGAGUGGGAGCAGCUGCUUGGAUGAUGAGCGUCGAGAGACGGGCGCCAUGGGGAUCCAGAACCUGGGCGGCAUAUUCAUCGUAUUGGCAUCUGGCCUGGUACUGUCGGUCUUUGUGGCAAUCGCUGAGUUUCUCUACAAACUGAGGAAGACGGCGGAGAGGGAGCAGGUCUUUGUGCAGCGCCAUGGUGGACGAGAUCAGACUGUCGUUCACCUGCGAGAGGCGGGUGAAACACAAGCCGCAGCUCCCGGUCGCGGCGGCGGCGGCGAAGGCGGAUGCGGUGAUCAACAUGCACGCCUACAACGACCGCCGUCUCCCCGGAAAGGACAACCUGAGCUGCAGCGCUGGGAUGACCCCCGUGUUCCCGUAAGCCUGCGCUCUCCGCAGGUCAAGAGCCUCCUGAGCAACGUGUCAGGGGCGCUGCCCGAGACCAGAGACAACGGCAUCGACGGGAUCCUCCGGUUCACCAUGAACCACAGCGACAUGGGGACGCUUACCAAACACGGACAACUCAAAAUGGCGGCAUCUGCCACGCAGGUAUGACAACGCAAAUCUGAAAAAAGACAUUACGUUGAAGAAAGUAUCUUUCAUUCCGUUCCUUGGGGAAGGAGUCAUCGGGCUGAGGGUUACGUGCGCAACACAAAAACAAGUAAACACCAAACAAAUCAGCGGAAAGAAUGGACUGGGGAAAAAAGAUGGCAAUAAAUAACAAAUCUGGUCAUUGUCAUGUUACCUCAAACAGACUGUUGCGUAAUGAACCACAGGAUGGAAAAAUGUUUCCUCCAGUAGACACAGUUAAAAACAGACAUUGUGAGGUUGUCUAAUUUCACAGCGACGUAAGCAAUUAAAUCAUCGGUGCGAGGUAAGGCCGCCUUUGUCUUUGUGCCGUUACGGGAUUUCCAUAUAUUUAAGCCCGAGCAGGCCUCACACGAGCAUGACUUUGUACACGAGAGGACUAUUCAUCUGUUAAAGAAGAAAAAAAAAAAGUUCCUUGCCAAAGAUGUGACCCUUCACCACGACCAGUGCGCGAUCCUGAUUUCAAUGGAAAUGGAUUCUUUACUUGCAUUGGGUGGAAACAGAUUGAAUGGAAAUUGGCUGAGUACCUGAAACGCUUGGAUUUACACUGCAGGUUCAAGUGUCCAAUGUCAAGUUAAUGCCUGUGUCAGAUUUGUUUUCCAUGUAUAUUUCAAGUGUUGGAUACAUUUCUCAUAUGGCCGCGUCUACAUUUACAAAACCCAUGAAGUAAUUCACAGAUGCGCAAAUUAUCCAGAAGCAAAAAAUGAUAGAAUAAUGGGCCAAAUAUUAAAUGUUUCACUGCAUUUGGUUGGACUGAUUUGGCCACCAUCUGCAAUUAUUUUGCUGAUUAGGUACUGAGCAUACUUCAAAUGUAGCAUAUGUAGAGAUAUGAGUGACUCGAUUUAGGAGUUGUUCAAGACAGGAGUUUGUGCACAGAUGAUUUUUUUUUUGCUUGUUUUUUUUUUUGCUUUUUUUUUUUUGCUUUGACUUGAGAACAAAAAUGUGAGAUACGAGUGCUCUUUGGUGGCAGUGAACUCAACUCUCUUCACAACAAAAUGCAGUUUGAUAGACAUUGAAGACUUCUUGGAAAAAAAAGCUUCAGGCUGUUUUUGAAUCAUGAAUUAUGCCUUGUGUAUUUAAAGAGCCACACAGAUUUGCCUUAAAAGAAGUCCAUUUAGCUUCAUGCCAACAAACAAUGAAAAACUGCAAUGCAAAACAAAAAGUUGAACUAAAGACUAGCAUUAAUAUGAUGGUAUCAAUAUGGUAUACACUUUAAGGCAACAAAUAUUUUAACACAAAUGUUGGAGUAACGCUUGUAGACAUACUCUAAGCGUGCUCAAAGGCAUUAUUUUUUUCAUCCUUUGCGAAAAAUGACUCAUUACUGGAGUAUAUUAAGUCAGAUGUGAGGCUCAAUCUUCCCGUGUGUCUCUAUGGCUAUGUUAUACUGCCCCCAGUGGCCAAAGCGCACACACCACUAAGAGCAUAUUCAAUGGACCUUGUCGCUAACUGAUUUUUCACAGUCUAUUAAAUGUUGUCCCGACAAUAUUUUUUUAUAAAGUACAUUAACGAGUGCAGUUUUUCCAAAUUGAAAAAAACUAAAUAAUAGUUUUUUUUAGGGGGGCCUGGGCAGUUACAAGAGUUUCUGUUUCAUUUGGGGAAAAUUGAGAUACAAGGGUUUUGAGUUGACAGUGAUCAUUGAACAAAUUAAAUACAUACCUCAAGGCAUCAUUUUAUUUAAUUAUCUACUCUUUUGCAGUAGUUUAGAUUCAUGUUUAUUUGUGUAGUUUGGACAGACGCGGGUGUGUGUAUACAUUACCGAUAUGUGUAGUUCACUGACAUCAAGCUGGCAUCGAUAUCCAAUCUUCACGCCUACGCUGCACUCGCAUCCGUAUAAUG